AUGUUUAGGAAUCUUCCCCAAAGUACUAAAAUAUCAUUUCCUAAUGGAAAUGAUGAGAUGAUGAACUUCGAGGUCAGCAUUCGACCUGAUGAAGUAUAUACUACAGGUAGUGGUAAGUUUGAGUUUACUUUCCAAGUCUCCCCUACCUACCCUCACGAAGCACCAAAAGUCAAGUGCAAGACAAACGUUUACCAUCCCAAUAUUGAGUUGGAAGGAAAUGUGUGCCUCAAUAUCUUACGUGAAGACUGGAAACCUGUCCUCAACAUAAACACAAUCAUCUAUGGACUCAAAUAUCCUUUUACGAAUCCUAAUCAGGAGGAUCCCUCAAAUCACGAAGCAGCAGCUGUAUUGAGGGAUAACCAUGGUCUCGCCUCCAAAAUCAUGAUGUAUCUUUGUAGUUAAACAUCUAAU